GAAUAAGUCUUAUUUAUUUGGCUUUUUAUCUUACACCACGUAUUGGAUUGAAGAAACUUUAUCAAUAUAUUAAUAAUUUUCAUGAGAAAUGGGCUUAUGAUUAUCUUUUGAUUCCUAAUUAUAUUGUAAUUAUCAUACUAACAGUUUAUCCAGCAAUC